GAGCAUAUACUUGAUGUUUGUGGUAUGCUAGAGAACUAUAUAUAUCGGGCGAUGGUCGCACGGGAUAAUGAGUUGAAUCAUCAUAGACAAGUCGACGCCUAAACAACCUUCUCAAUAAACAUCAAUAAUAAUAAUCAACACGAUGGUAGCAUCCGAUUACUAUACACUACCCGUCUUACUCGGCCUUCCACUUCUCGCUUCGGCUCUCCCCCAACCUGGGACUUCUAUAUCGAAUUCCUCAUCUGUCUCCUGGUCGAAAUGCGAUUCUUCUGAGAUUCCGGACACUGUCGAUUGCGGAACUCUACAAGUGCCUUUGGAUCACCACAACCCGCAGAAUGGCACCAUCACUCUCGGGAUGAUGCGCCUGAAGGCGAAGGGUCAAUCCCCUUUGGGAAGCUUUUUCUACAACAAUGGCGGGCCGGGACAAGUAUCGGCUCCAUCCAUCGUCAAGCAGGCCAAGUGGGAAGCAGCAGGAUCAGAUUGGGAGAAAGGGUUGCCAUUUGUAACUGAGGCAUUGAGGGAGGCAUACGACAUCAUCGGACUGGACAUGCGCGGCCAGACCCUCAGCUCCCCAUUGCGAUGCGAUAAAACUUUUAUUAACAAGCCGGUAAAGCAGCUCGCAUUCGAUGAUGAGAGCUUCCAGACCUUAGUGGAGCAUAAUAAGGCGUUCGCUGAGAGCUGCGCGCGCAUGACGGGCCCCUUAUUUUUCAAGAUGGGUACCGACCAAGUCAUCCGAGAUCUCGACCUCGUACGACAGGGCGUAGGUGACGAGAAGUUGAAUUGGAUGGGGUGGUCGGGUGGCAGUCAAAUCGGCGCCGAAUAUGCCGAAUUAUUCCCCGAGCACGUCGGUCGCAUGGUUCUCGACGGCAUGAACGAGCGGAGUUUGUCCGAUACAGAUAGCAUCAUCGGUGAAGCGGUAGCAUAUGAGGCCUCUUUGAACGAUUUUUUCAGGUGGUGUAACACGACCACCGAUUGUGUGAUGCACGGUCGCGAUCUACCUACGAUCUGGGACUCUCUCGUCGACGCCGCAGCCAAAAAGCCCUUGGCAGCUCCCGGUUGCUUAAACGAAACACGUGCACCACCCUGCCUACCAAAAGUAACAGACGAAGAUUUCCUCAUCUACGCGCUUGAUGUGCUGAAUGUCGACGCCGGAUUUCCUUUGUUAGCUGAAAAUCUCCGAAAGGCGUGGGACGAAGACGAUGCGAUCGGAUUCGCCCCGCAGCGCUUCGAGUCCGAUGUUGUAAACAACAAUGAGAUAGCGUUCGCUCACUUUGACGUGUUGUGCUCCGAUUACACACGAGAUCAUAUCCGAUCAGCGGCCGACUUACGUGCCAUCUUCACAGCCGCUCGCGCCUUGUGCCCGCACACUCGGGGGGUGAACGUUAUGCAGCAUGCCCGCACGGCGUGCCUUGGAUGGCCGUUUGAGCCCACGAACCCGCAGCAUACAUUCAACACCGAGGCUACCUCGAAGCUUCCUACCAUCUUGAUCGCCAACUCGUAUUGGGAUCCCGCUACUUCAGUCCAGUGGGCGGUCACGAUGCGCGAGCAGCUACCUAGCGCAGUUAACGUCUUUAGGAAGGGGAACCAUCACACUAGCUACCGUCGCAAGGGAGAAGUAGCUAGAGUUAUCGAUGCUUUCUUAGUUAAUGGGACGGUGCCGGCAGAUGGUACUACCUACCUUACCUAGGCAGAUGCUUCCUUUCUUUGCGGUCAGGAUUGUGG